CCGCUAUGCGCGCUCGACACGAGCUGGACACACCUUGACGGUGGAGCUACAUGUGCGGCCAAAAGUGUCCUCGCUGGAAAACCUGGAAAUUUCAAACGGACUUUAUUUGCUGAUAGACUGACCAUUCCAUCUGAAAGCUCCGUUUCUGGUUACCUUGGAGCGAAACGAGACAGGACCAUCAUGAGCAGAAGAACACGACGGUGGAUAUUUCACAUUUUCCUUAGUCUCGGAAUAAUCUACUUGAAAAUGGGGGGAUUCUCCACCGUGCUGGCGCUGGGAGCGAGCAUCAUAUGCAGCAAGAUCCCGGGACUGGCGCCCAGGCAGCGCAUCAUCUGUCAGAGCCGGCCGGACGCGCUCAUCGUGAUCGGACAGGGCGCGCAGAUGGGCAUCAACGAGUGCCAGUUCCAGUUCAAGCACGGCCGCUGGAACUGCUCCGCGCUCGGCGAGAGGACCGUCUUCGGAAAAGAGCUGAGAGUGGGCAGUAAAGAGGCUGCGUUCACGUACGCCAUCAUCGCAGCAGGAGUGGCUCAUGCCGUCACAGCCGCCUGCACGCAGGGAAACCUCAGCGACUGCAGCUGUGACAAAGACAAGCAGGGCUUCCACGGUCACGCCGACGGCUGGAAAUGGGGCGGCUGCUCGGCAGACAUCCACCACGGCCUGGGCUUCUCCAAAGUCUUUAUGGACGCCAGAGAGAUCAAACACAGCGCCAGGACGCUUAUGAAUCUGCAUAACAACGAAGUAGGGCGAAAGGUCCUGGAGAGGAACAUGCGGCUGGAGUGUAAAUGCCACGGUGUGUCUGGAUCCUGCACCACCAGAACCUGCUGGAUGACCCUCCCCAAGUUUCGCGAGCUCGGCUACAUCCUCAAAGACAAAUACAGCCACGCUGUCCACGUGGAGCCGGUCAAAGCCACGCGCCACAAGCGGCCCACUUUCCUCAAGAUCAAAAAGCCCUACUCGUACCGCAAGCCCAUGGACACGGAUCUGGUGUACAUCGAGAAAUCGCCCAGCUACUGCGAGGCGGACCCCGUGACGGGCAGCGUGGGCACUCAGGGCCGGGUGUGCAAUAAGACACUGGUGCACCAUCCCAACGGCUGUGAGCUGAUGUGCUGCGGCCGCGGAUACAACACACACCAGUAUUCACGCGUCUGGCAGUGCCACUGCAAGUUCUUCUGGUGCUGCUACGUCAAAUGCAACACUUGCAGCGAGAGGACAGAGGUGUACACAUGCAAAUGAGCGAUGCUUAUGGACCGUUUGACCUAAUUUUUGAGAGGGCCUUUCAUCCUGACAUUACUGUAAAAGAUGACUUAAUCAGGUGGCAUUUGUUCUUUUGCACAAGACCUUACUACAGAUAUGCUUCCUUCACUUUAAUGGAAGAACAUAAAGAUUUGUCUGGAGAAAGAAUUGCGUGAGACGGAACGUGGAACUAAAAAGUGUAAACUACUGUACUUUUGAUGCCACCGAGUUUUCUCCGCUUUCUUCACUAAAUCUAGAGCGUUACUCCAGUCUGCAGGAUCCUGAAGCUGUCUGGAUUAAAAUAAGGCUCUCUUGUCUUUUACCUGCUGUAAAACCCAUUACAACUGCACCUUGAUUUAACCAGCGGCGCUACUGGGUCAUGGACGUCUUGCAGACAUGCAGUGAAGCUUACAGAGAUAUUAACAAAUAGAUCAAAACAGCAUGGUUCCAGAAGUAAAUUGAGAUUUUAAUUUGAUUUCUAAAGAAAAUUCCUAAAGAGAAAAUGAAUGGGGAAGUACUCCUGGAACCAAGGUUGCUGAAAAUAUGCACGAUCACUGUUGUGCUCUGUUGUGAAAUUCUUCCAAACUGAUUUUAUUUAUUUAUUAAAAAACAAUGUUGUUAACUGUAAUUAAUGAGACACUGGAAAGAAAUAGUGGAUCUGCAUCCCUUUAUGAAUACACUGAGAUUUUGUAUCUUCUGAAAGUAUAGCUUUUUUAGUUUACAUAAUGCAUUGUUAAAAAAACAAGCAAUAUUUUUUUCUAUGAGAAAUUUCCUGUAUGCUGCUAGUCUGGAAUAAUCACAU